GUCUUACUCUUUAUCGUCAUUGUCUCAUUGCGCCUCGUCACUCUUUACCUGGCCGCAAAUGUCCGCCUCGCUUCCCGGCGAUCGGGAGCUUCCCCACUCGCAAUAUGACCUAAACACCUACUGGGGUCGCGUGCGCCAUGCGGCCGACAUUUCCGAUCCAAGGAUGCUAUUCGUCUCUUCAGCGGGACUGGAGCAGGCAAAGCGCCUUAUCUCCUCCUACAAGCAGAACGAGGUCCCGACAAUGAAUGCGGAGUUAUGGAGGGCGAAGAAGGUGGUGGAUUCGACAUUACACCCGGACACGGGCGAGCCUGUCUUCCUCCCCUUCCGCAUGUCAUGCUACGUCCUCUCUAACCUGGUCGUUACGGCGGGAAUGCUCACACCGGGCCUUAAGACCACCGGGACUUUGCUCUGGCAGAUUGCAAAUCAGUCUCUCAACGUGGCAAUCAAUAAUGCCAACUCGAACAAAUCAACACCCCUCUCCGUUUCGCAGAUGGCUAAAUCCUACCUCAUGGCCGUGUCCGCUUCAUGCUCCGUCGCGCUCGGCCUGAACGCUCUCGUCCCCCGUCUUAAGAACGUCUCCCCCAAUACCAAGCUCAUCCUCGGCCGACUCGUCCCCUUCGCUGCCGUCUCGAGCGCCAGCGCGCUCAACGUAUUCCUCAUGCGCAGCGAGGAAAUCCGUCAGGGCAUCGACGUAUACCCCGUUCCUGAGAAAGAGGGCGAGCCGGUCCAGAGUCUCGGACGGAGCAAGGUCGCUGCUAAGAUCGCUGUCGGUGAGACAGCUAUCAGCCGAGUUCUGAACGCGACCCCGAUCAUGGUCGUUCCUCCUCUGAUCCUUGUGCAGCUGGAGAAGAGGAAGCUGCUCAGUCCGCGCAUGGUCCUCCCGGCCAACCUAGGGCUGGUUCUCGCCACAUCCUUGUUCGCCCUGCCCUUGGCCCUGGGUGCGUUUCCGCAACGGCAGGCUAUCAGCGCGGCGUCGCUGGAGGAGGAAUUCUGGAAUCGCGGUGGAAAGGACGGAAAGGUCGAGUUCAACCGGGGAAUGUAAUACCCCGCCUUCUUUUUAAUAAUGUAUAGACCUGCUUUGCUAGAGGACUUUUUAGAUUCUGUUCGUCAUUACUUAUUA